AUGCGUGCUUCAACCGCAGUAGGAGUUGCAGCUCUGGCCUGCCAGACCCAUGCGGCUGCUAGUCAGACUCUCAUCAACGACAUUAAUGUCAUCUCGCAAUACUGGGGUCAAAUAUCGCCCUACCGUGAUAACGCGGACGACUACUUUGGUGUCGACGAUAUUGGCUUGCCAGAUGGCUGCCAGAUUGAACAGGCGCACACCCUGCAACGUCACGCCCAACGCUUUCCUACAGGAGGCUUCGACGACGGUGCUAAUGACGAGCGAUUCGCGGCCAAGGUUCUAAACUUCACCACUGCCAAUCCCAACGCUCGAUUCACCGGGCCCCUGGCUUUCUUGAACACUUAUCGCUAUCAGAUGGGCGAGAGCUACUUGACAGGUCUCGGCGCCCAGACCGAGUUUGCUUCUGGAGUUUCGUUCUGGAACAGAUACGGUCGUAUCCUUUACAACGCUACUGUGGGACAAGUGGCAUACAAUGCUACCUACCAAAACGGAACUUUUCGCUCAAAGCCAGUAAUCAGGACGACCGGGCAAUCAAGAAUCUGGAACUCGCAAAUCUCAUGGGCACUUGGUUUCUUCGGUCCUUCCUUCCAAAAGAACCCAAGCCCAACUCUGGCCCCGUUCACGAAGAGCACCACUUCCAAUGGCUUCACGAACGGUAGUCUCUUCGAUGUCGUUAUCAUUCCAGAGGGUGGCACUGAGAACAAUACCCUCGCAUCCUACGAUUCGUGCUUCACCAACUAUCUCGAUGUACCUGGCUACAUUGGCGACGAGGAUAUGUUCCUCCAGUGGGUGCCUCUAUACGUUAAGAAUGCCACGGCCCGUGUGAACAGCUACGUACCGUCCGGUUUCAAGUUCAACGACAACGACACAUACGCAAUGCAAUCCAUCUGUGCCUACGAGAACGGCUACAUCGGCUCCAGUGACUUUUGUGGACUAUUCACCGAGGAUGAAUGGGCCGGGUUCGAGCAAAGCCUCGACGCAAUCUACUAUUAUGACUACGGAUUUGGCAAUCCGACUGGGAGAUCACAAGGUCUUGGCUAUCAACAAGAGCUCAUUGCGCGACUUACUGGACAAUACAUCAACAGCAGCAACAGCUCUGUCAACAGCACGAUCACGAACAACUCACGUGACUUCCCCUUGGGCCGACCAUUUUACGCUGAUUUCACACACGACGACAUCAUCGUCUCUGUCUUGACAUCCAUGUCCGUCGACUACUUCCGUGAGCACCCUGAUCUGAAGACAUUUCCACCGAACCCUAAACGACACUUCAUUCUCUCGCAUAUCACACCCUUCGCUGGUCGGUUGAUAACCGAAGUCAUUGGCUGCAACAGCGCCAACCCGGUCGCUCAGCAUUCCCGCCGCACUCAGUACUACCCAGGACAAUAUGGGUACAAUGCCGCGAACGCCACGAACAAGUUUGUCCGUCUCCGAGUGAACAACGGUAUCGUUCCGCUGAACACGAUUCGAACGGGAGAAUGCAAUGGUCGUACCGACGGUCUCUGCAGUCUUGAGGGGUUCUUGCAGAGUAACUAUAAGUCGAUGAAGCUGGCAAACUACGAUUUUGCCUGCUUUGCGAACUACACUAUCAACAACCCAUAUAACACUAACGACUACGAUGGAACGAUCAACAACAGCACGGGAGGCAUUAUUGUCAACCCAGGCCGUCUGACUGCUGAAUACAUUGAGAGCUUGUAA